UAGUUAGCCGCAAAACAAGUCCGUUCCCAGUCGCGUUAUUAUUAUUAUCAUCAAUAUUAUCAAUAAUAAUAACAACACACGAUUGACUCUGCAUCAACACGAUGCAGGGUGACGGCUGUUUGCAAUUUGAACUUUAACAUAUUAAGAUUCCUAAUUUGUGAAGUUUGAGCUCCAAGCUAGUUAGCUUAGCUUUGCUAACGUUGUCGAGGCCAGAGACAGGGACCAGUUUAGUGGGUUAACGUGGAGCUGAACUGGUACCAGACACAGGGACGUGUAUUCAUCCAACUACCCUUAAACAGCUACAGGUUGGGGGAGGGCCAUGCCAUUAAACGUGACGAGCACAUAAAGGAAAGAGGUGACAGAAGUACAGCUGCAGGCUGGUUUGGAUGGUUUAGAGGAUUUACAGGAGAUAGUAGUGCAGUCAUGGACGACUUCAGCUCCAUCGGCCUGCUGUCUCUGGCGAUGUUAGUGGGAUGUUAUAUUGCAGGGUCCAUACCUUUAACAGUCAACUUUUCAGAGGAAAAGCUGAAGCUGACCACGGUGCUGGGAGCAGGGCUGCUGUGUGGGACUGCUCUGGCUGUUAUCAUCCCUGAAGGGGUCCACGCACUUUAUGAAGAAAUACUUGAAGGUGCACAACACAGCCACGGCCAGGCUGGAGCCGUGGAAGUGUCCGAGCCGAAGGGUGAAGCGGACGCGGCCCUGGCCCUGAGUGGCAGCGUGAAACACGAGCACAGUCACGAGCAGCUCCACGCCUGCAUCGGAGUGUCUCUGGUUCUGGGCUUCGUCUUUAUGCUGCUGGUCGACCAGAUAGGCAGUUCCCAUGUGCACAGCACGGAAGGUUUAGAUCCAGAGGCAGCAAGAGUCGCCUCCUCAAAAAUCACAACCACUCUGGGUCUUGUGGUCCACGCUGCAGCUGAUGGAGUGGCUCUGGGAGCUGCUGCCUCCACCUCUCAGACCAGCGUUCAGCUCAUUGUGUUUGUAGCUAUCAUGCUGCAUAAGGCCCCGGCAGCGUUUGGUCUGGUAUCGUUCCUGAUGCAUGCUGGUCUCGAGAGGAACCGGAUCCGCAAACAUCUCCUGGUCUUCGCCCUGGCAGCGCCCGUCCUCGCCAUGCUCACCUUUUUAGGCCUCAGUCAGAGCAGCAAGGAGGCCCUGUCAGACUUCAACGCCACUGGCGUCGCCAUGCUCUUCUCCGCUGGCACCUUCCUCUACGUGGCCACCGUCCACGUCCUCCCCGAGGUCGGCGGUGGCAGCCACAGCCACGCCACCACGGGAGGGAACGGAGGGAAAGGACUGACCAAAGUGGAGGUGGGAGCUCUGGUGCUGGGCUGCCUCAUUCCUCUGGUGCUCUCUGUCGGUCACCACCAUUAGACCCAGACUGCAGGACGGAUUUAGAAGUUGUACAGGGGGGGGGGACAAACGGAGACAGAGACUUCAAACGUUGUGGAUCUAAAUGUCUUGUUGCUUGUUGUCGGCUGAUGGACCUCGUGGACCAGACUGGUGCUCGUUUCCGCCGACGUCUCAUGACUCAAACUUGAAACGGGGAAUGAAUGAUGGUAGGGAAAUCAGAGUUGCCGCAGAGACAACGGAGGAACUCGACAAUGACAGCAAAUUACAGCUACUGUAUGUGUCCAUUCAUUCUACCAGAAAUCCCUUUUUUUUUUUUUUU